GGUUGGCUACACAGCGUCAAGGUAACUGGUGUUUUAUGCUAUGGCUUCGACGGCAUCUUGAUCUGGGGAAAACAUAAUUUUCCUGGGUCUUGGAACGACGGCGAGAUGAGUCGCCAAUUACAGCGGCUAGUUGCCGAUCCCAGCAAACCAAUUGAAGGCGGGUGCUGUGCAACCGAUUCAGCGUUUCCGGUUAGUGACACGUGCAGGAAAAGGAUCGUAACUCCUCUGCAAGACGGAGAUCUGGAGCGAGCUAGCCCCGAAUGCAGGGCCGGUUUACUCGUCAUGAGUGCCGCGAUCACUUCAGUCAGACAGGCGGCGGAAUGGGGAAUGGGCUGUGCUCCUAAGUGUUUUCGCCGCUUGCAGCUACUACUUCCGUUCGAUCCUGACAAGCGCGCGAGGUUGUUAUGGAAUAUAUACCACUUGUACAACCUACGUGUGAGAACGACGGAUAUUAGCCAAAUACGAACGGUAUUUGCAUAG